UUGUCUUUGGAGUCGUUUACUUCGAUACUCCAAACUCAGAAAAUUCACCCUUUCAACAUUAUCUCUGUUUUGAAGAUGAAAAUGCACACAUCGUUCAACUAAAUUAAUCUAAUCCAAGGAAGAAAAACCCUAGAUUUCUGCGCGCAAAUUGCAUUCAUGCGAUAAAUCAAGCAGAAUGGAUUUUGAAACCCUAGAAUUCCGCGCACAAAUUGCAUUCAUGCGUUAAAUCAAUCACAAUGGACAAAACCCUAGAAUUUCAUGUACUAACGUUAUGUUUAUUUUUAGCAGUAAUCACUUGUUCAUCAGCUGAAUCAUCCACUUGUUUGAUGGUAUACAAAGAAGGAGGAGCUCCGGCGGUGUUCAAAUCCCCAAAAUGCCCUCGAUGGAAGCUCUCUUAUCACGAACCUUCGCCGGAAAACUCCAAGUGUCAUGUCGCCGUGCAUCAAGGUCGCCGGAAAUCGCAGGAGGAUCGCAUUAUCUGUGCCCUAGAUGUUCGGAUUCCAUUCCCCGGUCCAAGUGGAUUUACAGAGGUUGCUGUGGGAAUUGUGGCUGUUUUUGAUGGCCAUAAUGGUUCAGAAGCUAGCGACAUGGCUUCAAAACUUCUGUUGGAGUAUCUUAUUUUGCACACGUAUUUUCUACUGGAUGCAACAUUUCCUUCCUUUCUGAAGAAAUCCAUGGGAGGAUUGUCAACUAAGGGAGUUCUGACAUUUUCUUCUCAGUUCUUUAAGGACAGAGAAUGGAUUCUUUCUUUUAUCGAUCAGGAGAGGCAUAUGUCCCAAGAACUAUUUGGAGAAUCAUUUCAUUUGGAAAUAUUGAAAGAAGCAUUGUUGAGAACAAUUGCUGACAUUGACACCACGUUCUCUAAGGAAGCCCAUAGAUUUCAUCUUGAUUCGGGUUCUACAGCCACAGUUGUUCUGAUUGUGGAUGGUAAGAUAUUGGUUGCAAACAUAGGAGAUUCAAAGGCUCUUUUGUGCUCAGAGGAGUAUCAGCGUCCAGCUGAUGCUAAAGCCACUGCUUUAAGGAUAUAUAGGCAAAAAAGACGUGAUGGUGCUGUAUUGCGGUUUAAGGAUUGUGCACACUGUAAAAUGGUGGCUUCCAAGGGCUUAAAGCAUUUGAUUGUGAAAGAAUUGACUAGAGAUCAUCGUCCAGAUAGGAAUGAUGAAAAGUUCCGAGUGGAAAAUGCUGGUGGUUAUGUUAUCGAGUGGAGUGGAGUUUCUAGAGUCAAUGGACGUCUUGCUGUGUCCAGGGCUAUUGGUGAUGUGUCUUAUAAAAGGUAUGGUGUCAUAGCUGUUCCGGAGAUUACAGGCUGGCAACUCCUGAAUGACAAUGAUAGCUACCUCAUAGCUGCAUCAGAUGGUGUUUUUGAGGGGCUGGACUCACAGGAUGUCUGUGAUGUUCUGUGGGAAGUGCAGAAUGAUGACCUUUUAGGUUUGCAGGUCUCUCCAGCCUGCUCAGAUUCUCUAGCUGAUUGCAUAACAAGCAUUGCAUUUGAGAGAGGAAGCGGAGAUAAUAUGGCUGCUGCUGUUGUUCCAUUGAGAUCAAUAAGUCCAUCUAAAACCUUUCUGAACGCCGAUGAGGUUCCCACCAGCCUUGUUCAACUGGAACAUGCUUAUCCAAUUGUGGCAAAGUUUGACAGACUAUUGGUGGAAGGAAAGCAAGGUAAUUUUGGAUGUUACUACUUCUAUGAGAACCUCAAGGAAGAUGUGGAAGAUCCCUCUAGUGAUCUGGAGAAUGAAAAUCCAGAUGCUGUUUAUGACAUCCCCCAUGCUCUCCCUGGGAGUCUUGAUCACGGCUGUGGAGAAUCUACGAAACUAAAUGAUGAGAACAACUUUUGCUUUCAUUUUGGGAUGAUCACUGAUGGAAAUGGAGAUGAGAGCAGAUAUCCUGAAGAUCUUUCCAGUUUCCUUGCUCUGCUUGAGUCGAUCCCUCUACAGUAUGCUGAAUCUAGUUUUGGAUCGUUUGAGCAUGUUAAGCCUGACAUGAGGUACAUCCUGAGAAAAAGAUUCGGUCGUGGAGCGUAUGGUGAGGUUUGGUUGGCUUUUCAGUGGAAUUGUUCUCAAGGAGGUGAUGCUCGCAACUGGAAUCAGAAUAACAUAACUUCUUCCAGACACCAUCAUUUUAAUCUGGAGUCAUGUGAUGAAAAUUCAGGAAACUUCUCAUCAAGUCAUGAUUGUCCUGGUGGCUCCUCGGAUGGUAACUUGUUCAUUUUAAAGCGCAUAAUGGUUGAGAGAGGAUCUGCUGUAUACUUGAGUGGGUUGCGGGAGAAAUAUUUUGGUGAAAUAUUCCUGAAUGCUUCUACAUCUCUUGGAGGGUUUUUACCAUCUAAGGUGUCAAGCUCAUUAUUUAAUGAUCCUGGAGCCAGUCUAUAUGGUCACUUUGAAACAGAUAUAGAUAAUCAGGAGAAUGAGGACUCUGAGGAUCUUGGCCAAGAGUUCAUUCAUGGAAAUGGAACCUGGACAGUGAUCUAUGAAGAAGGCCUCAACCAUAUUGCAAGAUAUGUUGAAUCCUUUGAGUCCCGAUCUAAUGAAAUAUGGCUUGUCUUCAGGCAUGAAGGCAUAUCUUUGUCAAAGCUUAUGUAUACAACCAAAGAUGCUGAUGAAAUCCCUUCUGAAAGAUCUGGACAUGCUCGGGUAUUGCACCCAUCAAAAUGGUGGCAUUGGCUUAAGACAACAAAAGCAGGACAAGUGGGAAUGCAGAAUAUUAUUUGGCAAUUGUUGAUGGCUCUCAAGUCUUGUCAUGAUCGUAAUAUUACCCACAGAGAUAUCAAACCUGAGAAUAUGGUAAUAUGCAUUGAAGAUCAGGAUACAGGUGAAUGCUUUAAAGGAAGACCAAGUAGAGAGCUAAAAAGUGCAGGAAAAAUGCGUAUUAUUGACUUUGGUAGUGCAAUCGAUGACUUCACCUUGAGGCGUUUAUAUGGCUUCAAAAGCCCGUCUAGAGCGGAGCAGACGUAUGAGUACACCCCACCUGAAGCUUUUCUAAAUACAAGCUGGUUUCAGGGACCUACAAGCAGGACUCUAAAGUAUGAUAUGUGGAGUGUUGGAGUUGUAUUCUUGGAGAUGGUAUUGGGUUCGCCAGAUGUUUUCCAGAUUAGCAGUUUAUCUCAUGCCCUUCUGGAUAACCUUCUUAAAGGCUGGAACGAAGACUUGAAGGAGCUUGCAUAUAGGCUUAGGUCCUUCAUGGAAAUGUGCAUAUUAGUCCCGGGCCAUUCCACUACACAUCGUCCUGGCAAGGGCCCACAUGACCAGGCUAAUGAUUCACCAGCUUCAUGGAAAUGCUCUGAAGAAUUCUUCUCGAACCUCAUAAAAAGUAGAGAUCCUCUUAAUAUAGGUUUUCCAAAUGUUUGGGCUAUGCGUCUAGUACGGCAGCUAUUACGUUGGGACCCGGAUGACCGCUUAAGUGUAGAUGACGCUCUCCGACAUCCCUAUUUUCAACAACCUCCCAGUUGAUCAUCGAUAUUAUAAUGAAUGCAUCCGUCCAGGAUGAAAAUAGUUAAUUCCAGGGGUGGGAAUGUUGCAAUUAGCAUCAGGCAUAUGCUUUGUGUCGGGUUCACUGGUUAGCGGUUUUGCGAACCAUUCCCUUAAUAUGAGCUGAACGUUGCAAAGAUGAAUAUGCUUGGCGUCAUUUCUGAGGUAGUUUCUUGGUUCAUUAAUUUGAGACCAAGAAUCAAGGGCUUUCUUUCUAAUUCUCCAUGCCAUCAUUGCCACAGUUGAUGAAUCACAGAAGACGCAUAUCAGCAUAUGUAUGCUUCUGCGGUGCUCAGACACGCAUAAGAAGAGGAUUGAACUACCACUGUAAUUCCUUCAUGACGUUUAUAAGUCCUUUUUACCCUUUUUCUGAUGAGUCAUCUGAAGGCAAAUCUUGUCUUUGUAUACAUGUAAAUGCAAGUAUAUAUAGUGUUUCCGAUUAGCGAAAUAGAAGAAUGUACUGAUUUUUCACCAUUUACAGUAGAAAGAUUUGACAGAAUUCUAGUGCAUUUUACAAUCUGUUUCUCCUAGCAUAUUGUAACUGAAACUUUCUGAAAGAAUAAUCUGAAUUUGAAAUUUCAUUUCAACAUCUUA